UAAAACAUUCAACUCCGACGGACUCCGAAAAACUCUUUGAUGCAUGGGACUGGGUAUUUUCGCUGUAAAUAGAUUGUUUUGUUCCAUAUAUUUUAAAAUUUAUUUAAAAAUAUAAAAGCACAAAAUGGAUCCAAAGAAAACUAAAAAACCUGGAAAUAAGGCAAAAGCUUAUUUUUCAAAAACCGGAGAUGGUAAUCCGAAGGACGGCUCUCUGCAACCACGAAUACUUCUUAAAGCCAAGGAUAAGGAUAAUGUGCCACAAAAAACCGACCCUGUUAUUACUAUUGCCUCCAAAAAUCCUCCGAAUAAAUCAGCCGAUCAACCAUUACCUGGAAUCAAGGAAUUAGAAAACCCCAAGGCUAUACACAGUCAAGAGAUCCCAAAGAACGCGGCCGUUGUCUGCAGUAUGACCAAACCAGUCAAUCUCGUGAGCGGCAAUAACACACUCAAUGUCCAUGCGUUUGAUUACCUUAUAGAAGGGAAUAACGAUUUUGCUGUAUUUGGUGCCAUUGGCAUGCGAGGGGCUGGUAAAUCCACAAUUCUGAAUCUUUUGGCUUGUUCACCUCAGAAAAAAGAUAUUGAGCAAACCUUGUUCUAUUUGGGGAACAAUGUUUUCCCUAUAAACAGUUCUUUUGAUGAAUACGACUCAAGUAUUGUCGAUGAUGAAAUCCAUAUGCAUAUUACAAAAGACCGUAUAAUUCUACUGGAUAGUGCUCCUGUGUUAGCAAACAGUAAUAAAAAGGAUUUCGUCACAAGUGAACUGGAUGACAUUCGGAAGAUAAUGCUUUUGUUGAGCGUUUGUCACGUCCUAAUAGUGCUGCAAGAGGAUUAUUUUAAUAUCAAUUUUAUACGACUGUUAAUUUGCGCAGAAAUGAUGCUUCAAAAGGAACAAAAAGAUAUGCAAACUUUAAACCCAAAAAUUGUGUUUGUUAAAAACAAAUGCAAUCGCAGGGAACUGAGUACUCACGAAAAUAAACCAGACGAAAAAUUGUACAAAUAUUUGUUCAAAGGAUCGAAACUACGAAUCUUCAGCCCAGGCGAUGACGGACAAAUUGAUUUACUCUUCGUUCCGAAAUUCUUACAAGAAAACGAUUUCUAUGCAAACCAAGAGGACCCAAUAACGGAUGCCCAAAUACUGAGGCAACGACUGUUAAUGACUUCAAGACGUGAUGCAAUAGAUGGUCAGGAGAGUAUAACGGAAAAGGUAUGGUUGCAAAUUGUAAGCCAAGUGUUGGAAAGUCAUCAUAACAAUUACUUUCUACGCAAGUAUGAAAAUCUCAAAGAAAAAUAUAACCUUCACAAUCAUGUAAAUGUGGUGGAAAACGCAUCGAAAGAUAAAAACUAUUUAACUUUCGUAGACACAUGAAUAACAGUAAUACAACGAAAUUUUAUUCU